UAGCAACAUGAAAAGAAAUGAAUUACCUUAAAAACAAGGGACGUAAUUUGAGAGCCUUUUAGGAAAACGUCCCUCCUUUACUGCAUGCUGGUCUGCUGUGUUCUGAAAACUAAACUGCAUUUACAGUAACCAGAAGGUACAUUUUAAACUCUUUUCUUUUAAACCAGGAUUCACAGAACUAUCAGUGAAGAAGCCUGGCAUUCAUUACAAAAAAAGCUGUACAGAAUGAGUUCCUCUCCAGAAGUGAAACUUCGUGUCCUUACCCUGAACUGUUGGGGGAUUCGCUAUAUGAGUAAGUUUUGUCAGGAGCGCUAUGAAAUGAUUGGCGAUCUCCUCUGUGAGGAGAAACAUGACGUUGUACUUCUGCAGGAGGUGUGGAGUGAGAAAGACUAUUUAUUUCUGAAAAACAGGAUAUCUAGCAGCCAUCCAUACUCCUAUUAUUUUAAAAGUGGUGUCAUUGGGAGUGGACUGUGCAUCUUCUCAGCACACAAAAUCCUGGAUGCGUUUCUCUUUCGGUACUCCUUGAAUGGCUACCCCUACAAGCUUCAGCAUGGUGACUGGUUUGGAGGUAAAUCUGUGGGUCUCAUCAUCCUGGACAUUAAUGGGCUAGUCGUCAAUGCUUAUGUCACACACCUGCAUGCCGAAUACUGUAGGGAGAAUGACUCCUACCUCCCCCAUCGCUUGUUUCAGUCCUGGGAACUUGCGCAGUUUGUACGACAUACAUCAAAGUCAGCAGAUGUGGUGAUACUGGGCGGGGAUUUGAACAUGCACCCCAGCGAUCUUGGGUGCAGACUGCUGUGCAGCUACACUGGCCUUAAGGAUGCAUUCUGUGAGGCGGAGUCAUUUGAGGGCUGUGAAGGUGGGAGUACCCUUAUCCCAGAAAACUGUUUCACCUCCAAGGAGGAACUGUGUCAGUUUCCCCAGGGAAUUCGGAUUGAUUAUAUAUUGUACAAGGGUUCUGCCUCCUGUUCUGUAAAAUGCAAGCACCUUCAGUCCACAAAAGGCAGUGUGCCAGGAAAAACUUUCCCAUACUCUGAUCACGAAGUAGUGACUGCAGCACUGUGCGUGCAACAAAAGGAAAGAAACACGAGAACAGAAAGUAACCAUUCUGAGGAUGUUAACUUGGAGCUGGUGAACAUUUUGAAUGAAUGCCGCACUGAAAUCAAGGUGGGGGUCCACUCUGCUGAGCAGAUGCGAUACUCAACAGGACGGAUGGGGAUCUUGGGACUAGUACUCAUGUUCCUGGAGCUGGUCAUUGCACUUGUCCCUUUUGUUAUCAUGGAGACGGAGCACACUUUUCCCAGACUGUCAUUCCAGCUGUUGGCUGUGCUGGCAUUUACAGUGCUGCUGGUCACAGGUGUUCUGUAUGUUUUCCAUGCCAUUGAGGUUAAGGUACUUCAAGGAACGGAGGACCAGAUGCGACUUCGUGUUCAGGCCCUGCAGGAACAGGUCAACCAGUGCCAGGACAGUACCUUGUAGAGACGCUCAGUCUAGGUUGGUUUGUUUACUGGAUGUAUACUCUGAACAUUUUAUUUUGAGACAUCAGUAGAAUUCCUUCCUACCUAUGCUCCAUUUCACCAUUUAGGUCCAGGAGUUUGGCUGUAAGAGAAAAUGGACUUUUGCUGCUGGAAUAUUGAAAGCAGGCUGUUUAAUAAUGGGCCAUUUUACAUAUCCUUUCUAGAUGUAACCAGUUCACUUAAAAGUUGGGUCAUUCCAUUAGGCAAAGCAGUAGGGGAACCUCUCCCCCUGUACACUUCACUUAAAAGCUGGGUCAUUCCAUUAGGCAAAGCAGUGCAGGAAUUUCACCCGUCUGUACACUGAAUGAAAUUAAUAUCAUUCCAUAUGCUGCUGAAAACCCCCAUCCUCAUAUAAAAAAAUAAAUAAAUAAAAAUUUGAAUAGCACAAUGCAAUGAAACCUCUUUUGCCUCAACUGUUUUAUGGUACAGAAUGGUGCUGAGAGUUUGAACCUGUGAGAUUUAAUUUAAGAUUUUAUAACUGAUUACUGAAUGAAUGUACAAGAGUUAGAUUCUAGUGAGAUGAUAUGUGUAGUAUGGCAGAAUUCCAGUGUCCUUUUUUUAAGAUAUUGGCCACUGCCAAAUGCACACUAACUUGAUUCCAUGUUGCAAGUGUCAGAGUUAAACCCGUUUAGCCCAAAGUUUGUUUGUUUUUCCUUUCCAACCAGGGAACUAGGGAGGAGCAGGAACCCACUUCUCCUGUUACCUCAGUGGGGAACAGGCUACAUUCAUGACAGGCCGUACUUUUUAUAUCAUAUUAUUUAAAUGCUGUACAACUGUGAUGCAAGUGCCGCUAUCCUUACCAAAGUUUGGCCUUCACCAGGUGCUUAUGUCUGUUAGCUUAGAUACAUUACUAAGCUGAUGUCUUGCAAGCCUUAUGCUUGGCCUUUUUUUAUUCUUUGUUUUAUGAUUGUGCAGUGGCUGGUGGUCCUGUAUGUGGCCAGCAUAAUUUUAUUCUUUUUGAGAACUAUACUAUUACUUUAUUUAGAAUUGUUUGUUGUGGCAUUACUUUAUAAUAUCAUAUUAAAAUAUAUUUAAAAACAAAGUAUAAAA